UUUUCUCUUCCAUCAUCUCUCUUCCUUGGCUGUUGCAGUAAAUCAGAAAGUUUUUAUCUUUCUUUAAGUAAAGAGAUAUACAGAAAAAAGUUGAAAGCUUUUAGAAGAGGAAAUAUAUAAAUAUAUAUACUGAGAGAGAGAGACAGACAGACAGACGGAGAACGGGAGAUUUUAGAGAGAGAGAGAGAGAGAGGGGAAAUGGAGGGUAUAGAGGAAGAAGAGAGUGGAGAAGAGGAGGUGUUAGGGUCAAGCUUGACGAUGGAGAAAGUGGCGGCUGCUAAACAGUUUAUCGAGAAUCAUUAUAGAGCUCAGAUGAAGAAUAUUCAAGAACGCAAAGAAAGACGAUGGGUCCUUGAGAGAAAGUUAGCUGCUUCAGAUGUGCCCAAGGAGGAACAGAUCAAUCUGAUAAAGGAUUUAGAGAGGAAAGAGACAGAGUUUAUGAGACUUAAAAGGCACAAGAUUUGUGUGGAUGAUUUUGAUCUUUUAACCAUUAUUGGCAGGGGAGCCUUUGGUGAGGUUCGGUUGUGCCGGGAGAAGAAAUCUGGAAAUAUUUUUGCAAUGAAGAAGUUAAAGAAAUCUGAAAUGCUUAUGAGGGGACAGGUAGAACAUGUUAGAGCUGAGAGGAACUUGCUGGCAGAAGUUGCAAGCCACUGCAUAGUAAAACUUUAUUAUUCAUUUCAGGAUGCCGAGUACUUGUAUUUGAUCAUGGAAUAUCUUCCUGGUGGUGAUAUGAUGACUCUGCUAAUGAGGGAGGAUACCUUAACUGAAAAUGUAGCCAAGUUUUACAUUGCGCAGAGUGUCUUGGCCAUUGAGUCUAUUCACAAGCAUAAUUACAUUCACAGAGACAUUAAACCUGACAACCUUCUUCUGGACAAAAAUGGUCACAUGAAGUUAUCAGAUUUUGGCCUUUGUAAGCCUAUUGAUUGUGCAAAUUUACCAGCAAUCUAUGAGAAUAAGCCCAUGGAUGAUGAGAAUAUGACAGAACCUAUGGAUAUUGAUGGAUGUAUUACUGAUAAGAGCAGUUUUAGAAGCCCUCGUGAGCAGCUUCAGCAUUGGCAGAUGAACAGAAGAAAGUUGGCAUUUUCAACCGUGGGAACGCCUGAUUACAUAGCUCCUGAAGUGUUACUGAAGAAAGGAUAUGGCAUGGAAUGUGACUGGUGGUCAUUAGGAGCAAUAAUGUACGAAAUGCUAAUUGGAUAUCCACCAUUUUAUUCAGAUGAUCCAAUUACCACAUGCAGGAAGAUCGUGCACUGGAAAAGUCACCUAAGAUUUCCUGAAGAUUCAAGGAUAAGUCAUGAGGCAAAGGAUCUCAUAUGUAGAUUGCUGUGUGAUGUUGACCACAGAUUGGGUACUGGAGGGGCACAUCAAAUUAAAGCUCAUCCUUGGUUCAAUGACGUUGUAUGGGAUAAACUCUAUGAGAUGGAGGCAGCAUUUAAACCUGAAGUGAAUGGGGAGUUAGAUACUCAAAAUUUUAUGAAGUUUGAUGAAUUGGAUGCUCCAGCACCAGCAAGAACUAGCUCGGGACCUUCACGGAAGAUGCUUUUAACGCCCAAAGAUCUAAAUUUUGUUGGUUAUACAUACAAGAACUUUGAUGCGGUCAAAGGGCUACGCCAUACUUUUGAUUUCAAGAAUCCAUCAAUGGAACAGCAAUCCCAUGGUUCUAUAUAUGGUGAUUCAGGGGUAGGUUAUUCUACUAAGCAAUCAGCUGAGGAAACAGAGAUGCAAAUGCUUGCAUCAGCAGGUGAUCCCAUGUUGCCAUAAAGUAACUGAAGGGAAAGCCUGUUACAGUGAUAUAUGGAUAUUUCUGCUUGUUUUAAAGUAGGCAAUCCUCCAAGAUCUUCAGUUCUUGUGCAGUGGCUGCCAUCUGAUUUAUGGAACCACUUUGUUAAGUGUACAGAAGUAUUUAAAGAAAAAUCUAAAAACCCAGUUCCUAGUUGACUGGUAGAACAAGCUGAGACCCUUUUUUUUCAGCCAAAUAGGCUGUGUAUUAGAAGUUAGAUCAGGGUUCUGAACUUGCUGAUGCACUGGCACUGGCUGCCCAGGUUGGCUUUAGUAAAAUUUGCCUUCUCUAGUGGCAGUUUCUGGUCAAAAUUUUUAAGUGAUAUCAAACUCCUGAGAAACUCUAUUAAGCCAUUUUGGGAAUAGUGAUUCCCCCCUAUAGUUGUGUGUAAACUUAUUAGCAAAAAACUAGAAAUCAGCUGCGAGGAAAUAACAUUUUGCUGAUAAAAUUUCAUUUCA